AGGACAUGUUAUCAACUUCCGGCGGAUAAGAAUUUUUAUCGAUGAUUAUAGUGUACCACUUUUGAUAUACAAUUUUAUAAGUGAUUUUGAUGUCUUCUUCUUUGGAACUUUUACAUUGCGAAGUAUUUAUUAUGGUCAGGGCGCUGACCUUAAUAUGAAUGUUUUUUCAAUUCAAUUAAGUUGUGUUUUAAGGAAUAAAAUAUUUUUGUUAUAAAAAAUGUAUUAUUCGUGAGAAAAGUUACCAAUUUUUGUUUGUUUGUCAAUUAAUUAUAUAAUUUAAAUUUAUCUUUUAAUAAAAAUUUAUUUUUGUAUUCCGAUUAAAUAACAAUGGCUGAAUGCAGUGAAAUCAAUUUAACCAAUCAAGAGUUACAAAUGUUGUCAGAUUUAGAUAGUCGAAUGUAUGGUUUUUUGAAAUUAAAUGAUCCAAAAGAAGAAAAGAAAAAAACUCUUGUUCUCAAAGCAAUCAAAUAUCUUGAGAGAAUGUUAAUGCAGAUGCAUAAAGAAAAAACAGAAGAUGAGGCUAUAAAAGCUAUCAAUAUUGAUUCUAAGACAUAUUGCAAGUUGGGUCAUUUUCAUCUUUUACUGGAAAAUUAUUCCAAAGCAAUGUCUGCGUAUCACAAAUACUAUAAUAAUGCAGAAAAUAACCAUUGGAAAGAUACAAAUUUUUUGUAUGGAUUGGGCCUUGUAUACUUUCAUUACAAUUCAUAUCAAUGGGCCAAAAAUUUUUUUCAAAAAUUACUCUACAUUGAUCCAAAUUUUCAACGAGCCAAUGAAGUACAUCUUAGAUUGGGUUUGAUGUACAAAGUGUUUAAUGAAUGGGAAACGGCUUUAAAACAUCUUAAAAAUGCAUAUUCAGAUGUCAGUCUCAGUACAUUUAGUAAAUUAGAGAUCAGUUUUCAUAUAGCCCAUUUAUAUGAAGUGCAGGGUAAAUAUAAAUUGGCUAAAGAUCAGUAUGAACAGCUUUUAAAUGAUCCAAAAACUACUGUUUAUUUACGUGCUGAUAUUUGUAGACAAUUAGGAUGGAUGUACCACAGUUGUGAAUGUUUAGGAGAAAAAAAUCACCGUGAAACAGUUGCUAUUCAAUAUCUACAGAAAUCAAUUGAAGCAGACAAUAAAUCAGGACAAUCACUUUAUUUGCUUGGUCGCUGUUACGCUAGUGUUGGAAAAGUUCACGACGCAUUUAUUGCGUAUCGUAAUUCUGUAGAAAAAUCAGAAGGAAAUGCAGACACAUGGUGUUCAAUCGGGGUUCUAUACCAACAGCAAAACCAGCCCAUGGAUGCAUUGCAAGCAUAUAUAUGUGCAGUACAAUUAGAUAAAGGACAUAGUGCAGCUUGGACUAAUCUUGGCAUUUUGUAUGAAAGUUGUAAUCAGCCUAAAGAUGCACUUGCAUGUUAUGUGAAUGCAACAAAAGGUGGUAAUGUUACAAAUGAUUCAUUGAUGAAAACUUCGAUAAGUGUCCCAGCAUCAAAUAUGAAUCCUAAUCUUGGUCAACGUAUAAAGUUUUUACAAACCCAUUUAUGUAAUGCGCCGAUGCCUAGUAUUACUAGCAAACGGCGUCAAUUACCAUCUAUUGAGGAGGCUUGGAAUUUACCAAUUUCAGCUGAAAUGUCAUCAAGACAGCAACAGCAACAACAGCAACAACAACAACAACAACAAAAGACUGCACAGCCACCACCAUAUAAUUCAAACAAACCAGAUACUCAAGUUGAAAGUAUCACUAAAAAAAUUAAAGUUGAACCACGAUUAGCUUCUGGUGAAAGCUUACAGUCUUUGCCAUCAUAUUAUCUUAGUAGUCAACAAAUUCAAGUUAUGAACGUUCUCCAGCAAAAUUCAAAUAAUUUAUCAAGUCAACAACAAGCAAUGCUUCAACAAUUACAAAAUAAUUAUCGAAUGAUGCAACAGCAUCAACAACAAAUGCAAUUAAAACAAAAAAGUGGAAUAAAUCAACCUGAACAGUUGCACAAUUCUUCAGUUAUUAAACAGUUUCCUGAACAGAGUAGAGGUGAUUUAAAAUCAACUGAGGAUAAUAUAAUUGAAAAUACAGCAGAAAAUCAUGAGCUUGAUAGAGAAUUGCAGGCUUUAUUAUCUCAAAAAGAAUUAACUACCUCGUUAGCUGAAGAUUUGCUCAAACAAUUUGGAUCAUCUGAUGAGUUAAACAAUAUUAAAAUGGAAUCAAAUGAAAUAACUGCUCUUACAGCUAAACCAGUUGUUAAAACUUCUUCAUAUCCAGUGACUAGUAAUUCAGAAAUAUCUGAGCAAGUAAUUAGAUAUCAAGAUGCAACUAAUAUAGAAUCAGAAUAUUCAUUAGAUUUGUCUGCUGAAGACGUUUUAAAUAUUGCGAAAAAAGAAACUGGAACUGGAAUGUGGAAUAGAAACAUUUUAUCUCCAAAUGGACCGCCUCCUACACCUCCAGAUCCGCCUCCUCAGCAAUUGACACGUGAACAAUUACUUCCAUCUACGCCAUCUGUAAUGUUAGAAAAUAAAAAAGAUGCUUUUAGCCCACGUUUGCAGGAAUUUUGUUUAAAAAAUCCUAUUGCAGUUGUUCGGUGUUUAGGAGCUGCUCUUAAAUUAGACUUGGGAUUAUUUUCAACUCGAACUUUAGUAGAAACCAACCCAGAUCAUUCUGUUGAGGUUCGAACUCAAGUAAUGCAAAAUAGUGAUGAUAAUUGGGAUGUCAAACAAAAUAGAAGGGGAUGGUCUUGUAUUAGUCAUAGAUCACAUACAACUAUUGCCAAAUAUGCUCAAUAUCAGGCUUCUAGUUUUCAUGAAUCAAUAAGGGAUGAAAAAGAAGGUAUUACAAGUGUUCAUUCAGUUCCUAAUUCUAAUUUAUCUGAUUCUGAUUCUAAAGAUUCAAUGACUAUGGAAAAGAAACGAAAAAAAAAUAUUUACUUACCGGGUGUAAAACCUCCUCCUGGAAGUAAAAUGCUCAAAUUCGGUACUAAUGUUGAUUUGUCAGAUGAAAAAAAAUGGAGGCCACAGUUGCAAGAACUUACCAAAUUACCUGCAUUUGCACGUGUUAUAUCUGCUGCUAACAUGUUAUCACAUGUGGGACAUUCUAUUUUGGGGAUGAAUACUGUACAAUUAUACAUGAAAGUCCCUGGUAGCAGAACUCCUGGUCAUCAAGAAAAUAAUAACUUCUGUUCUAUCAAUAUAAAUAUUGGACCUGGAGAUUGUGAAUGGUUUGCAGUACCUGAUGAUUAUUGGGGUGUUGUUAAUAAUCUUUGUGAAAAGUAUGGUUUAAAUUACUUACAUGGUUCUUGGUGGCCCUUAAUUGAAGAUCUACUUGCAGCUAAUGUUCCUUUGUACCGAUUUUUACAAAGACCUGGUGAUAUGGUUUGGGUUAACUCAGGUUGUGUACAUUGGGUACAAGCUGUUGGUUGGUGUAAUAAUAUUGCUUGGAAUGUUGGUCCUUUAACAGCAAGACAAUAUCAACUGGCAAUAGAACGUUAUGAAUGGAAUAAGCUUCAAAGUUAUAAAAGUAUUGUUCCUAUGAUACAUCUAAGUUGGAAUUUAGCUCGAAAUAUUAAAGUAUCAGAUCCAAGGCUUUAUAAACUUAUUAAAAUGUGCUUAAUGUGUUCUUUACGACAAUGUGGCAUUACAAUAGAAUUUAUAAAAACAAAAAAAAUUCAAAUUCGUUUUCAUGGAAGAGGAAAAAAUGAAGCUUCACAUUACUGUCAUGAUUGUGAUGUCGAAGUUUUCAAUAUAUUAUUAAUUCGAGAACAAGAAAAGAAACAUUGUGUAUAUUGUGUUGUGUGUGCAAAGAAACAAUCUCCUAAUUUGGAAGGGUUUGUUUGUUUAGAAGAGUAUAAAAUGGCUGAACUCAUAGAUAUCUAUGAUCAUUUUAUACUUCAUACUCAACCUUUACCUUCUGCACCAAGUAUUAAUAGUUCUGUACCACAAAUGACGUAAGUUUCUAUGAUAAGUCUUACAAAAUAGAUGUAUCCAUUUUUAUAAAAUGUAAUUAAACCAUUCUUUUUUUUUUAAAUAUAUAUAUAAUUUGUAUAUAAAAUAACAAAUAAUACUUUAAGUUAUUGACAAAUAUUAAGCAAUAUUUUGUACCAAUUUGUUUGAAUAUAUAUUGAGUUUAUUUAUAUCAUUUUUAUACAUAAAAACUUUUUUAUAGAACACUAAUAAAUGUUAAAUAAAAAAAUUUAGUUACUUUGAUUAUUGAUUUUAAUAAUAAGAUUGAACUAUGUUUGAAAUUCAAAAUAAUGCUAGUAUCGAUUAUAUUUACUAAUAUUAAGGCAAUUUAAGUUAGCAAAAUUUAUUCAUAUUAUCAAAAUUGUUCAUAAUUAAAUAUUUUUUUACAUUUAUAUCAAAUGUUGCUAUAAUUAAAUAUUUUACUCUGCAUUCCUCAAAUUUGAGAUUAGUUUCACUGAACAUUAACUACAUAUUUUUUUGUUGCAAAUACUACACUCAAUUUUUUAUUAGUAAGUUAAAAUUUUUGACUUUUUGAGUGUAUUAAAAUUUGUUGCCCUAAGACUAUAAAGCUAAAACUGAAUUUAACUCCUAAUACUUAUAUGUGAAAAAUUAAUAAAUGUUUUUUAAAAAUUGUGCAGAAAUAAAAAGAUAUAUUGAUAUUAUUUGAUAUAAAUAAUUUAUAAUAUUCAUCAAAUUUCUGUCUCUUCAGAUCUCAAUUUUUAUUUAAUUAAAUUAAAUCAUUCUAUUUUUAUACUAAAAAUCAAAUUAUUGUUAAUGUAUGUAUAAAGCUGGGUUUUUUUUUUAUUAUAUGACUGAUUUAAAAAUUAAUUCAUGAGUACAAAUUUAAUAGUUAUAUUGAGUAUUUUAUAUUUUAAAUGAAAUGAUCUAAAUUAAUGUAUUUAUUUAUAAAAAAGUAAUACAUCCAAGAAUAUAUUUAUAAAAAAAGAAAGCAAACAUAUUUAUAUUGAUGGGAUGUUAAUCAUGUAUAGCGGCAUUAAUAAUUUAAUGUGUAUAAAAUGAUGUAUAAGUAUUGAAAAAGCUAAAUAUUAUUUAAAAAUGUUUAAAAAUUGGUUGAAUAGACAAAAUGAGGUCCAAAUAACAAAACUAUUUUAAUUAUAUUUAAAUAGCUUAUGUACUAUAUAGUAGAAAUAGUAAUUUAUUUAUAAAAUUAAGUAAUUAAUUUAAACAUUAUUUGAACUAUGAACAAUUUGAUAUGCAUUGUAUUGUAUAUACUUCUAGCUACAUUUGAAUAACUGUAAUUAUUGUCUGUAUUUAUGUAAUAUCAAAUUUGUUAAACCUCCCUAAAAUUAACUUAAUCCAAUAUUAAUGUCAAUAGUAUCAAUUAUAAGUUUUGUAAAUGUUCCAUUAAAUCAAACAUUUUUAUGAUAAAUCAUAUUCAAUAAUCAUGGAAUCAUUUUUUCUGGUCAAUAUUUUUGUUCCUUUUUUAAUUUUUACUUGAAAUUAUACUCUACAUUUUUUGUAAACAUUAAUUUCGUUUUUUGAAUUAAUUAUGACUUAUUUAGUGUGUUUAUAAAUAGUUUAUUUAUUACUAAUUUAGUUCAAUUUAACAGAUAUUAAUUUUAAUUCAGUUUUAGUUAGCCGACUUAUCACUGCCAUAAUUUUAAUGAGUUUUUUCUUGUUACACUUAAGUACUGAUUUUAAGUGUAGUUUUUAUUUAUUUUUUUUUAAACUAUAUUUAAUAAUGUGUUCAAUAGUCAUCAUACAAUAACAUAUAUAAUUUAUUAAUGAAAGUGUUAUUACUCUUUCAUUAUGAACAUAUAAGUGAUUUAAUAUUAUAAGUUAUAAUUGUUCUCAUUUAGUUCAAAUUAUGUAUUCAUUUUAUUUUAAUAAUUACUGCAUCUAUUACCAUAAUUUUUAAAUCCAAUAUUUUAAAAAUAAUAUAUUUAUGUAUGUUUAAACUAUAAUGCUGGUGUUAUAAUGUAGCUAAUUUAUUUAUGUCAUUUUGAUGUUUUUGACCAAUAUUGGUUAAUAUGUAUUCAUAUAUCAAUGUAUAAAAUAGUUGAUCUCAUAAUUAUUUUAUUUUUCAAAUGAUAAAAUUAUAUAAAUUGUAAUGUAAUAAAUUCUAAAUAAAUGUAUUUACUAUAAUU